CCCUAAUCACAGAAGAAAUCAUGGUUGAUCUCAGUAAAGACUUACAAUUUUUCAAGGUCUUUCUCCCUGAAUUCGGUUCUCACGAACUGGUGAUUCCUCCUGCAUUCAUCGAUAUGUUAGAGAAACCAUUACCUAAAGAAGCGUUCUUAGUCGAUGAGAUUGGACGGUUAUGGUGUGUAGAGACUAAAACAGAAGAUACAGAAGAAAGAUUCUGUGUUUUCUUCACAAAAGGUUGGCAAAGUUUCGCAAACGAUCAAUCUCUUGAAUUUGGAGACUUCCUUGUCUUCAGCUACGACGGCGAUUCCAGAUUCUCCGUUACGAUUUUCGCUAAUGACGGAUGUAAAAAAGAUGUUGGUGUCGUCUCAACCACGGAUAGAUCUAGGGUUUCUCUUGAUGAGGAAGAACCGGAUGAUAUUUUUACUAAACCGGAUCGUAUGAGAGAUUGUGAUUGUGGCCAGAGCAUUAACCGGAAACGGAAACGCGAUUCGGUUAAUGAAGACCCUCACGUACUGGUUGAUGAUAAACCGGAGUAUGUUUCAACUUACAAAACCAAACCGGAGCAUAGUGAAAAGACUCAGAGAACAGUUAACCGGGCUGGAGAUACUUGUGACAUAUCAUGGUUUCCAGAGAAGAAACACAAUGGAUUUGAAGAAUCGGUUUACAAACCCAAGCAUCCGCAUUUUGUUAGGAAUAUCACAAGAGGUUCACUUCAGAAAUUGGAAUUACCGUUAACUUUUCUGAGAUCGAACGGGAUUGAAUUGGAGGAAGAUAUUGAGCUUUGUGAUGAAAGUGGAAAGAAGUGGCCUUUGAAGAUUCUGAAUCACGACAGAGGAUUCAAGUUCUCGCAUGAAUCAUGGUUGUGUUUCUGUAAAAGCCAUGAGAUGAUACUGACCAAUAAGUGUCUAUUUGAGUUUAUUGUCCCAAGUAAUGGGAGAUGCAGUGAGAUUCUAGUUCGUAUUGUCAGUGGGAGAUUGCCUACCACUAUGACCAAAAAUAAUUACCAAGUUAUUGAUAUGCAACCUUAA